AUGAAAUUGCUAAAGUUUUCCUGGGUAAGAUAUGAUGCCAUCAUUUCAAGAUUUUUUAUGUUUUUUUCCUUUCUCCUUUUUAUUUUAAUAUGUGAAGGUUUUUUAAAAAAAAGAGAAUAUUUAUUUAAUGUAGAAAUAUCAAGUAAAAAUCUAUGUCAUUUUGUUCAUAAUAAUUUUGCUAAAUUGGAAAAAAUCUUUUUAUGUAAUUCCUUUAUAUAUAAAAGAUUUCCGCACAAUGAUUGGAAGAGUUUGAGGGAAAACAAGGUAGUCAUAAUAUCCCAUGGAAAGAAAAACGACAGGGAAGGAUAUACCCGUAGCAGAAUUAUCGAAAGGCAGCCAAGGGUGGACAACAUAGAUGAUGCAAGAAGUGAUCUCAAAAAUCAUAACAAACGUUAUGACAAACAUCAUGGUAGGCGUAAUGAAAGACAUGAUAACGAUACAGUUAUGGGAGAGUACAUGCUUGACCUCACUGUAGAUACAAAUAAUCCCGCACUAGACGAAAAUGUUCUAAAAAAAUCGAGAAUGAUUUUCAAAAAACUAGAUAGCAAUAACAACAAUUUAAUAGAUUUCAAUGAAUUUAAAAACAAUGUAAGAAUAGUAGCAAAAAUUAAAGAUAUUAACAUGAAUAUCUUAUAUCAUCUCUUUCAGCAGUUUGAUGCAAAUAAAGAUAAAAAAUUGGAUUAUACAGAAUUUCUAUCAUUAAAUUCUUAUGAUUUUAAUUUUAUUAAAUUAAUUCAAAUACUAUUUGGUCAUAAAAAUACAGUAGAUAAAAAUAUAAUUUAUGAUUAUCUAGAAAUUUUUUUUUCCGAAUUUUUAGAAAGUAUACUACUGAAUGAUGGGCUUAAUAUUCCUUAUUAUAUUAAGAUGAGACAUACUAAUGCUGCAAAUAAUAAUGCAAAUAAUACUGCAAAUAAUACUGCAAAUAAUACUGCAAAUAAUACUGCAAAUAACCUUGCAAACAAGCUUGCAAAUAAUUUUUUUAAAAAUAGUAAAGGCAUUUGGGAUAUAAAUGAAGAUGAAAAUUUGCAAAUGGACGAAUUUCAAAAUUUUCAAUUAUACUUACUACUAGAAAUAGAUCACUUAUCUAAUUUUUUACAAUUAGAUAUAAACCUCGAUGGACUUAUUGAUAUAUCCGAAUUGUUGUUCUACAUUAGCAAUGACGGCAAACUUUACCAUACGUUGUGCGCUUACCUCGAGGGAAGUAUUGCACCACAGAGUGGAAGCGGAAGGAACAGUAGCAGUAACGACCGCGCUGGUGAUGAUACUGGAAGGACAAAAGAAGACGUUUUCAAAUACAUGAGGGAGCCACUGAACAUUCAAAACUCCUUAAUCCUUAACCUGGAAUUCAUUCUGCAUGCAUUCGAUACAAAUAACGAUAUGCUCCUUGACUACGAGGAAUACAAAAAUCAAAUAGACACCUCCUCCGUUUUAGAUUCUACUCCAGAAAUAGUAUAUUCAAAUUAA